GAGGGUGUCGUCGUGCGGAGGAGGGGCGUCUGGUCGAAAGGAUUGUUUUGUCCGGGGAAAGGAAGUGGAGUGUUUGUUCGAAGGGCUGCGAGGAUUGAUGCGUGGUUGGCAAUGAGCUUGGAGAUGGGCUGGCUUGAUGAGGUGGUGCGGCGUGGAUGUCUUGGCUCCGGUGGAAACCUGUCAAGUUUGUGGCAGUGGAAGGAGAGUUACGGAAUACGGCGAGCAUGCGGAAAGGCUCUAUAGCAUCGGGCCUAUAGCCUGCAUGCGGUGGAAUGUCUGUUGUCAGGAAAACAACCAUGGUAUCAACCGUGUUGUUGCACUCGCCGAUGCAUGCAAAUAUCGAUUUACACGCCAAGGACGCACAACGGCUCCCGCCACGCUUUCAUCUGGCAGGCGGUCUGCCCCUCGAGUUUCCCAUGGGCUGAGAUCCCCAUCUUGUUCGCUUCCGGGGGGCCGCCUGCGUAACCCGGGCGUCUGGAUAUGUGGCACAGACUGGUUGUCCAGCAGCUCGGGCUGCUCGCCCAGAGGGUCCACGCCUUGGCCCGUCGCGAUGCUCCCUUUCGGAUGUCGGUCCUGUCUGGGCAGGCCCAGCGUGACACGCUGCGUGAAAAGAAAAAUCUAGAUGGGACACCCACCUGACGUUGAGUGGCCAUCUGGUGAUGAAGUGGACGGAAGUUUGCCUUCUCUCUUUAGCUAGCUGCUUAAGCAUAACACCAUCCACACUCCCACGGAGUAGUCUCUGCCCGAAUAGAAACAUGUUGCGAACGCCAUUCAUUGAAAGAAGCUGCAACUCCCAGCUCCAAUAACACGCCUCCCUCCAUCGCCACUCGCCCCAAAACGGGCAAUGGCCCGGAGCUGCCAAGGAGUCCUUUCUCCAGCUACCCCGCAAGUCGGACGAUGACCCCGGAUCCCCAGUGGAGCAGCAGCCUUUGGCCCGCUCCGGCAGAUCUUGCGGGGGCGGGGACCAGUUACGAUGCCGUCCUGGGGGUUCGAAGACGCCGUGGCCAUCUCCUGGCGGCCUGCGUUCUCUGCUUGCUAGGGGGGGAUGGAGACGAGGAGUGACGGUGAGCUUGGCAAGAGGGACUUGCCCCAGGAG